GUGUGAGUAAGGAACGCAACACUAAUUGUGGGAAUAGUUAGCGUUGUUUACUUGGCGGUUAUAAGUGGGUUUAAAACUUUUUUGUUUAAUUUGAUUGGUUGCUUCCAAAAAGACUAAUUUCCAGUCAUUAAAAUGAAUGAUUUUCAAAAACUAGAAAAAAUUGGCGAAGGAACAUAUGGAGUUGUUUAUAAAGGUAGAAACCUAAUAACUGGACAAAUUGUGGCAAUGAAAAAAAUUAGGCUAGAAUCAGACGAUGAAGGUAUCCCUUCUACUGCAAUACGAGAAAUAUCUUUACUGAAGGAGCUUAAGCAUCCAAACAUUGUUUGUUUAGACGAUGUUGUAAUGGAAGAAAACCGUUUAUAUUUAAUAUUUGAAUUUUUGUCAAUGGACUUAAAGAAAUACAUGGAUUCGAUUCCUCCUGAGAAAUAUAUUGAUGAAGAACUUGUGCGUAGCUAUUUAUAUCAAAUCACCAGUGCUAUUUAUUACUGUCAUUGUCGUCGCGUUCUUCACCGAGAUUUAAAGCCCCAAAAUUUAUUAAUUGAUAAAAAGGGUGUUAUAAAAGUGGCUGAUUUUGGUCUAGGAAGAUCUAUUGGCGUUCCAGUUCGUAUAUAUACACAUGAAAUUGUGACUUUGUGGUACAGAGCACCUGAGGUUUUAUUAGGAUCUCCACGGUAUGCUUGUCCAGUGGAUAUAUGGUCAAUCGGCUGUAUUUUUGCAGAAAUGGCAACUAGAAAACCACUUUUUCAAGGAGAUUCGGAAAUUGAUCAGCUCUUUCGCAUGUUCAGAAUUUUGAAAACUCCUUCUGAGGAUAUGUGGCCUGGAGUAACUUCUCUUCCAGAUUAUAAAGUAACAUUUCCGUGUUGGUCAUCGUUCACACUACCUAAACAAUUGAAGAAUCUGAACGAACUUGGCCUCGAUUUAAUACAGAAAAUGCUUAUUUAUGACCCGUGCCAUCGUAUUUCGGCUAAAGAUAUUUUAAAACAUCCGUAUUUUAAUGGAUUUAAUGCCACUGUGGUUGGAUAAAAUUGAGUAAAACUUCUUUUUAAAAAAUAUUUUUAAGCUUUAUAUUAUAUUGGUUUUAACGUAUUUAAGAGUAUAUAAUAGAUUUCAUAAGUGAUUUAAUUGAUUAUAAUUAUAAAUUUUAUUAUGUUUAAUUUGAUUAUAUUAAUUGUAUUGUUUUUUGUUUCAUAUCAUAAUUUGUAUCAAAACCAUAUUCUGAACCUAUUG